CUCCUUAAAAUCCCCAAUUAUCAACCCUAAUUGAUCGGAGUUCGUCCCAAUCUCUGCCAUUUGUGCCGAAUCCAAACCGCUCCUAUCUCAGCUCUAUAGAUCGCAAUUUAGGUUUUUUUUUUUUCCUUCUAUUGAUUUGUAUUUGAAGCUACUGAUUGCUGUAAUGCUCUGCCUCCCUCUGAUCGUUGUGAUCGCAAUCGAUUUUUGCCGAUUAGUUUGUUUUUUUCCGAUUCGUGUGUUGAUAUAGUCCUGAAGAUGGAGAAUUCGCGUAGACCUUUCGAUAGAUCGAGAGAUCCAGGGCCUAUGAAGAAGCCCAGGCUCAGCGAUGUGAAUUCGAAUACGUCGCAGAGAACGAUCGGUGCGGCGUCGUCUUCAAGGUUUCGAGCUGCUGGGGGAAGAGAAAUGGAGAGUGGAGUUGUUAGUGAUCCGAGCGGGGAGGCUUAUCAGCCGCAACCUGUUCAUCCACAUUACGAGCUCGUGAACCAGUAUAAGUCUGCACUAUCCGAGCUUACGAUCAACUCGAAGCCGAUCAUUACGAACCUCACGAUAAUUGCUGGAGAGAAUGUUCACGCUGCUAAGGCCGUUGUUGCCACCGUUUGCAACAACAUCCUCGAGGUACCAAGUGAUCAGAAGCUGCCAACAUUGUACCUAUUGGACAGCAUUGUGAAGAACAUUGGAAGGGAUUACAUUAAGUACUUUGCUGCCAAGCUUCCUGAGGUAUUUGUUAAGGCUUACAGACAAGUUGACCCUCCUAUGCGUUCUAAUAUGCGGCAUCUCUUUGGAACUUGGAAAGGAGUCUUUCAUCCGAACACACUUCAGCAAAUUGAGAAAGAACUUGGUUUUAAUGCUAAAAGUGAUGGCUCAGCUGCUGCUAGUAGCACAGGCCGAGCUGACCUGCAAUCUCAGCGCCCACCAAAUAGCAUCCAUGUGAAUCCCAAGUAUCUAGAAAGGCAACGCCUUCAACAGUCAGGAAGGGCAAAAGGAAUGGUUACUGAUGUCCCCGAGAUCGCAUCCAAUUUGACAAGGGAUUCAGAUAGACUGGAAAGAGUUUCAAGCAUAGCAUCUGGAGGCUCGUGGGCAGGUCCAGCUAAAGUAAAUACCAUUCGACGACCUCAAAGAGACUCACUCAGUGAACCCCUCUACGAGAGAGAUAUUGAGUCAAUAUCAGGGGAAUAUGAUUAUGCUUCUGAACUACCGCAUAAUUCUAGACCAGUGAUUAAGAAAGUUGGUCCAAGGGUUACUGAUGACGGGUGUGAGAAACAGUGGUACGAAACCGUGAGCAGGGGUCCUGAUCUGAUUUCUAACCAGAGGGAUGUGUUACAUACCAAAAGCAGAAUUUCCAACUACGCGACUGCGAGACUAGAAAAUUUGGAAUCAAGUGGUCCUAGUAGAAACACGGGUGUGCCGUAUGAUAGUUGGAAAAACUCUGAGGAAGAAGAGUUUAUGUGGGACAUGCACUCAAGGCUAUCUGAAACAGAUGUUGCCACUGUCAACCCAAAGAAUGAGCUUCACGCACCAGAGAGAUUGGAAUCUGAAAAUCACCUCUUAAAACGACCAAGGCUAUCAGCUCUCGACCCAAGGUUUGAUCCGGCCAGCGAGCAAAAAGAUCCAAGUGUUUUUGGCCGCUUGACGUCUUCUCCUAGGACUUUGCAUGAUCCAGAAGUUUUUCCUCCGAUGAGUUCAACCUCUAACGCAGCUAGAAAGGGAAUUCAGCCUCAAUCUAAGGUGUCAGAUAGACUGUCGCCUUUACAUGAUUCAACUUUUAAACAGAAUGUGACCAAGCAAGAUUCUAGAAGAACUCAUUCCCUCCCUCAACGUGAUCCUAGGGCUUCCCGGUUUCCAGCGAAAUCUCAAAGUGUCCUCAGGGAUGACUCUGGGCGGCCUCAGUUUAAGAAAACAAAUGCGAUUGACCUACCUGAUACAUUUCAGGGGGAAAAGUUCGACUCCAAGUCAGCAGGUGAAAAUGCCCCAGGACUUACUAUUGCUUCAGAAGCUACAGGACAACGCAACAUGAGUGAUUUGCUGGAAGCAGUCAUGAAGAGUGGAAUCCUUUCUAAUAAUUUAACUAAUGGUGCAAUCAAGGAGGAGAGUUCCCAGGUUAACCCAAGGGCACUAACCGUAUCAACAGCCUCUAAGCCUAAGGCUUCGCCAAAUUCAGUGGCUGCUAAAAAAUUAUCAGCUCGUUUGAAAGUGGAACGAUCCUCUGCACCGCUUGGUUCGGACCCAGUGUCUCUUACCGGUGUCAUAUCAGCACAGACAUCAAAAGAGAGUAGUAAAGCCUCAGAUCCUAUUUCGUCCCUCUUGAGCUCCUUGGUUUCAAAGGGCUUGAUAUCUGCUUCGAAGACGGAGCUGCCAUCUGUUGUACAAUGUGCGGCUGCUCCUUUCAUAUCACAAGACCAUAGUCCUGAUCAUUCUACCAAUAGCUCUACGUCGGUAUCUGUUGUUGUUCCGUCUGAUGCACAGCCAUUGGUUGUGGUGAAGAAGGGUCCAUCCACUGUCCCGAAGGUAGCACCAGCCGAAACGGCAGUUUCAGAACCCGAAAACCUCAUAGGAUUGAAGUUUAGGGCAGAUAAGAUCCGUGAACUUCACCCCUCGGUGAUUAGUAGUCUCUUUUAUGACCUUCCACAUCUAUGCACCUCCUGUGGCGUUCGCCUUAAAGAAAAGGAAGAACUUGACAGGCACAUGGAGAUGCACGAUAAGAAGAAGCUUGAGUUACGUGGCACAAACAGUAAAUGUAGGGUUUGGUUUCCAAAGGCUGAUGAUUGGGUAGCAGCGAAAGCGGGAGAGCUAGAACCUGAAUAUGAGGAAAUUCUGAGUGAACCUGAAAGUGAGGAUGGUCCAGCCGUAGCUGCUGAUGAGAAGCAGUGCGCGUGUAUAUUAUGUGGAGAGAUGUUUGAGGACUGUUUCAGUCAAGGAACGGCUCAAUGGCUAUUCAAGGGAGCUUCUUACCUUACCAUUCCUCCAUCCAAUAGUGAAGCCAAUGGAACAAUCGUCCAUGCAGUUUGUCUGACCAAGAGUUCUUUGCCGAGCUUGGGAAUUGGGAAUGCAAUAAAACAGGAAAUGAUUGAGUAGACUCCAUAUGAAGGGCCAAGAAACCUAUGCUGGAGGAAGCGGUGGCAUCACAGGGGAAACAGGUUUGUUGUGAUCCAUUCCUCAUGAUGCUCUCGUGUUGUAGAAAAGUGUCAAAAUUUUGAGUCGAGUAAAAAAGAAGAUGUGCAGUAUUUAAAAGCAAAAUCUUAUGUAUGCUUUUGUCUCCCCUGUUUUUCAUUUUAUACAAAAUACAAAAGAGCAAAAA